AUGGCAGCCUCUAGAGAAAUCCUCUCGUCUUCUCUGUCGGAGAGAUCGUCCGCUUCAAUCCUCGCUUCUUCCGCAUCCCGGUCCCUUCUCGGCACCGGCGGCGGGCUCCUCCGCGGGACGCUCUGCGUCCGCCACCGCCCCCCGCCAGCAGGGAGGAGCCGCCGGUGCAGAUCUUCUUUUUCGAAGACGUCGCCGGCGAAGGAGACGACGAGAAACCCUCUGGUGAAGGUGGUGACGCCGUUGGAGCCGGAAGAGUUCCAGGUGAGGGCGGCGGUGACGAUCAGGAAGAAGACCAAGGAGGACGUCAAGGAUGCCGUCGCCCGCCACUGGGACGGCCUGUCCGACAUCAUCGGCUGGAACGUGAUCCUGCAGAUCAUCAGCGAGGAGCUAGAUCCGAGUACGGCGACGAUCUCAAUUUCUUUUAAGCUUUUCUUGAAUAACCAGCCGGUUGUUGAUCUUCUCAGUUAGUUCUCUCGGUUGUCCUGAAAUUCUCUCCUAGUUGACAAGAACCCGAAGAAGAGCAGCGAGGCCGCGCUCAAGGACUGGUCAGAGAAGAUGAACGCAAAGGGCGACCGGGUGAUCUGCACCGCCCACUUCAUCCUCGACAAGAACUUCGGCAUCCCCGGGGCCAUCACGGUGUGCAACCGCCACCAAAGGGAGUUCUUCCUGGAGAGCAUCGUCCUCGAGGGCUUCCCCUCCGGCGCCGUCCACUUCCCCUGCAACUCCUGGGUCCAGUCCACCAAGGAUCGCCGCAAGAGACGAGUUUUCUUCAGCAACAAGGUCAGCGGGCCUCUCUGAUCGUACAGACCGCCUGAUUCUCUCCGCCGUUGUCCUUCUCACGGUGAAUCCUUCCGCCGCUGCAGCCGUACCUACCGGCGGAGACCCCGCCGGGGCUCGUUCAGCUGAGGGAGGAGGAACUUAGAGAGAUGAGGGGAGACGGGACCAGCGUCAGGAAGAUGUCGGACAGGAUAUACGACUACGACGUGUAUAAUGAUCUGGGGAACCCCGAUAAGGCGGCGGAGCUUGCAAGACCCGUCCUCGGAGGAGAGAAGAUCCCAUACCCGAGGAGAUGCCGCACCGGGCGGCCGCCCACUGACGCCGGUGAGCAUCCAAUCUCUGACUUUUUCGAGUCUGACGGAGACGGGAGUUUUGAAUGCCAAAAAUAUCUCCCACGUUCGUUCCACAAAGUCGGCACCCACCCGACGAAUGGCCCUAGUUGCUUCGACGCUCCCCCCCGCCCCAACCACAGCACCUACCCCGGCCUCGGAAAGUCCCACGAAACAGGCAAAUUAAUGGGAUGCCAGAUUCCUCCUCUACUCCGACGACGGCGAUGCAUGCCGUCGGAGGAGGAGCAGGAGGAGGAGAGGAAAGAUGAAGCAAGAGAAGACGAGAGUAAUAGAACAGGCGUUUUUGUUUCAGAUUUGCAUUCGGAGAGCCGAGUGGAGAAGCCCCACCCGGUGUACGUGCCGAGGGACGAGGCGUUCGAGGAGCUGAAGCAGGGGGCCUUCCUGGCCGGGCGGCUCCGGGCAGUGCUCCACACGCUGGUGCCGUCCAUCAUGGCCACCAUCUCCGCCGAUAAGGCCGACUUCUCCAGCUUCCACGACCUGGAGAGCCUCUACAAGGAGGGCCUCAUCCUCAAGAUGGGCCUCCAGGAUCACCUCCUCCGCAAGAUCCCCCUUGUCCGCCAGAUCCAGGACUCCAGCGAGGGCCUCCUCCGUUACGACACCCCCAGCAUCCUCUCCAGUAAGAAAUGAAACCAACUCGCCAUUAAUGCCAUUAAUCCCAUUAUCGUGGCUUCGGUGGCUGGGUUCUUCUUCUUCUGAUGCUCCCCCAUCCCCGCUCUUUCAUUUUCUCUCAGAGGACAAAUUCUCCUGGCUCCGGGACGACGAAUUCGCCCGUCAAAUGCUGGCCGGAGUCAACCCCGUCAACAUCGAGAGAGUUCGUGUAAGCUCACGAUACAGUUGACUCGUUGUCUGCGCGGUUAUAAUUUAUUCGCAGAGGUUGACCGAGUUGCUCCCCGCCUUCUCUCAGACAUUCCCGCCGGUGAGUACGCUGGACCCCGCCGUCUACGGCCAGCCGGAGUCCGCCAUCAGGGGGGAGGACAUCGCCGGACAUCUCGACGGCAUGACCGUCCAGCAGGUACCGAUAUCAGAUAGCCCAAUUUAACUAUUUCCCCGCGCGCUCGCCGCGUUGCUUAUCGCUUCUUCUUCUUCUUCUUCUUCUUCUUCCUCCUCCUCCUCCUCUCAGGCGAUCGACAACAACAAGCUGUUCAUGCUGGACUACCACGACGCCUACCUCCCGUUCAUUGGACAGAUCAACGCCAUUGAGGGCCGCAAGGCUUACGCCACCAGAACCAUCUUCUUCCUCACGUCCUUCGGCACUAUCAAGCCCGUCGCCAUCGAACUCAGCCUGCCGCCGUUGUCCCCCGGCGACGCCGCCUCGCGGCGAGUCCUGACACCGCCAGUCGACGCGACCAGCUUCUGGCUCUGGCACUUGGCCAAAGCCCACGUCAACUCCAACGACGCCGGCGUUCAUCAGCUCGUGAACCACUGGCUGCGGACCCACGCCUGCGUGGAGCCCUUCGUCCUCGCGACCCACCGGCGGCUCAGCACCAUGCACCCCAUCUUCAAGCUGCUCAACCCUCACAUGCGUUACACCCUGGAGAUCAACGCCCUCGCCAGGCAGAACCUCAUCAACGCCGACGGCGUCAUCGAGUCCUGCUUCACCCCCGGUCCCUUCUGCAUGGAGAUGUCCGCGGCCGCCUACCGCGAAUCAUGGCGCUUCGAUCUCGAGGGUCUCCCCGCGGACCUCCUCCGGAGGGGCGUGGCCGUGGAGGACCCAACCCAGCCCUACGGCCUGAAGCUUCUCAUCGAAGACUACCCCUACGCCAAUGACGGCCUGCUCAUGUGGUCGUCGAUCCAGAACUGGGUACGCACCUACGUCGACGCCUACUACCCCUCCGCCGACAUCGUCCAGUCGGACAGCGAGCUUCAGCUGUGGUACUGGGAAGCCGUCAAUGUCGGCCACGCGGACAAGCGGCAGGCCGAAUGGUGGCCGGAGCUCGACAAUCCAGCGAGCCUUGCGUCCGUCUUGACGACGGUCAUCUGGCUCUCAUCGGCGCAGCACGCGGCGCUCAACUUCGGGCAGUACCCGAUGGGCGGUUACGUCCCGAACCGUUCCCCCAUGAUGCGGCGGCUCCUCCCCGAGGAAGGCGAGCCUGAGUACGCCGAGUUCAUGGCCAACCCGCACCGGUUGUUCCUCUCUGCCAUGCCGAGCCUCCUGCAAGCUACCAAGUUCAUGGCGGUGGUCGACACCCUGUCGACGCACUCGCCGGACGAGGAGUACCUAGGGGAGAGGCACCAUCCUUCAACGUGGACCAGCGACGCCCGGAUGGUGGAGGGGUUCUACAGGUUCUCGGCGGAGGUAAGGAGGAUAGAGAAGGAGAUCGAGAGGAGGAACGCCGAUCACAAGUUCAGGAACCGGUGCGGCGCCGGCGUUCUGCCUUACGAACUCCUCAUACCGAGCUCUCCUCCCGGCGUCACAGGCAGGGGCGUGCCCAACAGCAUCUCCAUAUAA